AUGACUCAGUUCAGUCAUUCGUUCAGUUUUUCGCUCUCUUGACUUGACGUCUCUUUCUUUCAGGAAGCAAGGAAGCCAUCACAACGAUGGUCUCGAUCUUGGGGGCCCUGGUGAUUCUGACGCCUCUGAUGGUGUCAGCCAACAGUCUCCAUGGGAUUACGCACGCCUUCAAUGUCAGCACGAACGUCACCCUAAAUCUCGACAUUGCCAAAAUGAUGUUCGAUGGUGAGAUCAACUUUUGAAGCUAGUCGUUGUUCGAAUUAAUCAAACAAUUCCAGCGGAAGCGCACAACUUUGCCAUCGAAUUGAGAAUCGACACUUCGGCUCCAGUCAACUACGAACUUAUCAACAGCGGACACGCCGUCUUCAGAAACAUUCAGCCGAUCACUGAGGACGUUCUCCUCUUCCAAGACGGAUGGUUCGACUUUUUCUCGAAGAACUUCCAGCUUGGACGAGGCCGAACUCUGAAGAAGACCAUGUGAGUCAUCAUUUAUCAUCGGGACCGAUUUCCUCAGUAUUCAACACAAAAAACAAAAUUUUUAGUUUUGAAAUCGCCUUCGAAGUCACUGAGAACACAUCGGGCACGAUCACAUUCACGUUGAAGACAAAAGUGGCUCUCGAAGAACUCGCCCCCAUCAACGGCUCGAUUAACGAGACGGUCGUUGUGAUCAGCCCCGACCUGCUCAAAGAGCAAAUGAUGACUACGUUCCCGAUCUCAAUGACCGUGGCACUGGAAUCGCGUGAGUACUGGUUAGGGGCGCAAGCGUGAAAAUCUCAGCUAUUUCCAGGUCUGAUAGAUGGAUUGGCGAGGCUGGAAAUGGACGGAUCUGACCGAGUGAAGAUCGCAUUCGGCAAGUGCAACCUGCAGACCGUCGAUCGCUCGAUCAUCUCCACCGACCAGGACCUUGACAAGGAGACUAGCACCAUCCUCCGCCUUCUUGGAUACCUCACUUGCCCCACCGAUCAGACAAAAUCGUGAGUUUUGCUAGUAUUCGAGCGCCUUUUAGAUGACCUGCUCUCAGCGACCUCUCUCAGUUUCUUCUUUCAGAUUCCACAUCAUCACCGGCGCCGAUCUCCCGACCGCCGGGCCGCCGUGCUUCAACAUGAAGAACGACGACUCUCUCACCAUCUUCUUCUUCUUCUCCUUGAGAUGCAUUGCCGGAGUCGGUGUCGUUUCUGCACUGAUCUACCUCUUGGCUUACCUCAUCGACGAGGAAUAG